AUCUUUGGUAUUUUCUUCGCUCAAACAAAAACCCCAGCUUCGUACUCGUAUAAAACUUGAAUUCUUGAAAACAAAUCAAAGCUUUUCGAAUUCAAAGAGCUUGACUGGGCAUACCAUGGAGAUUACUUCCAUAACACUUUCUCUUUCAAGACCCCCAUCAGCAGCAACUUCCCUUCCCUUUUCUUUUUCCCAAUCCAAUUUUAUCACCAACAGUAACACCAUUUCUUUGUUGAGCGGAGCAAAAUCCCUGAACAAAUCUGUGUCCUUUGUUAUUGGUCGACCAAGGAUGAAGACAUCAGCUGAGCCUGCUAAAAAGGGUCUCACUUGCAAUGCUUUGUUUGGUCUUGGUGUGCCUGAACUUAUCGUUAUUGCUGGAGUGGCUGCUCUUGUGUUUGGACCGAAGCAGUUACCUGAAGUUGGGAAGACUAUCGGGAGAACUGUCAAGAGUUUUCAACAGGCCGCAAAGGAGUUCGAAACCGAACUGAAGAAGGAUCCCGAGUCUCUAACAGAGCAAUCUGAGGAGAACUCCACAGCUGUUAGUGAAGAGAGGAAACCGGAUCUUGAGGUCUCCAGCUCUAAGGAAAGCGUAUGAGUUCACAAAACCAUCAUUUAGUUGAUGAGAUUCCUCAUCUGUCCGUUGUGUCGAUGAACAUUGAACAGAGAAUUUUGGAUGUAGAUUGGUUUAUGUUAGUGAUUGUUUAAUUAAAUGGUUUGACAAUCUUUCAAUACAUUCGUUUCAAGUCCAAAGGUGAAAGAAGAAUUACAAAGGGAGAUUUGAUACAUAAUAAAUAUAUGGAAGAAAAUGAAUAGGAAAACCUUGUUAUGAACUUCGAGUGUUUUCCUUUGUACAAAUUCCAUAAGGAAAUUA